AUGAAAAUAUCAGCCUUUUACAAGAGCAGUAAUCCAUUCCCUCUUAAUGCUGAACUGAGGGUCACAGUCUCUGAGGACAGUGAUGACCAAGCUGGGCGCUUGGUGUUGCGCAGCGGCUCUACUGCGAGCUCUCAGACUACAAAGGCCUCCACGCCCUUGCAAGACUUUUGCCUUUCCAAGCAGCACUAUAGGCUCUACCAGAAAAAGUACUCCUUGAAGAUAGCCACAGACCUGAGGUUCUCCAAGGAAGUUGUGAAGCACAGAGGACUGCAAAGCCUGCACUAUAAAGAGUGUGAUUUCAAGGAUCUCUACAGUACUUCUGACAUCAUCCAAAAGCCAAAAAGGAAAGAACCCACGGCUAAGAAAGUAGGGCAACAACCAUUCAAGCUUUGCCCUCUGAAGCAACCACCUUGCCAUAUGAAAUUGGAUUUUUCCCCACCUAAGGACACCAGGAUUAAAGUCCCCAUGGAAAAGAGACUGCAGAGCACCAAACUGGACAGCUCACUCAGAGAGUCAUCUCUGCCGCCUAUUACUCCUUCUCUUCCUUGUGAAUCUCCUGCCUCACAGACAUUCCUGACAGAAUCCUAUGAAAUGUUAUCAUCCUCCAUGACCAGAAGACAGGCAAAGAGAGUACCCAUGGAUAACAUCCAAGAAUCAAAGAGCGAGGCCCGGGGAUGGGAGCAAAUGCUAUUGGAGAAGCUGAAUAGGUCCACAGCUCAGUGGAUUGUGAAUCAGCAGACUGCCUGGGGUGGUUGGAUUCAGAAUGUCCAUGGCUUCAAGAAACAAAAGUUUGACUGGAACAGAAUCAGGGAUGAACUCUCUUCUGAAAGCGAGUUGAGAUUAUUGGAUUCAAUUCAAGCAGAAGAAGAUGCCGUGGAAGUCAGUCCCCAGAGCCAUGUGGAGAAGAAACCAGAGACACUGCUUCCAGUUUAUUACAGGGUACCUGCUUACUGCCCGAGGGUGCUUUGGACAGAUGACCCAGUUGGUACUAACAGUAUAGCUCAUAUAAUAGGAAAGAAGUGUCUUAGACCAGCAUCAUCUUUGAAGAACCGGGAACGGCUGAACUCCCGUGUUGGGAAAUACUCCUACUCCACUAAGAACGCCUUUGAGCAGGAGCUCUACUUUGGGACAGUCAAGAUUGUCCAUCAGGUAGCUGAGAGGGGAAAGGAUCAUUUCAUCCUGGAGAAUCACGAUGAGUACCACAAACACCUCCAGCAGCACUUCCCGAGACCUCCAGAGCACUGGAGUUUCAAGCCACAGAAAGGGGCAGCUCGGAGGCCUGUGAGGGGAGCCUUCCGUUGGAUUGCUCUGCCUACCCUUGCUGAUGACUUUGCACAAAAGGGCCAGGAGUCAUCUCCUGCAAAGGCCAGGAGAGGGAGAAAUGAGCACAUGGAACCUAAAGAAGUCCUGCCUCAGCAUGUACAUAUCCUCAGAACUAUGCUGGAGCAGUGGAAGAACGCCUGGAAGCUGACUCCCCGGUGGCAGAAUGCAACUAUUGAAGGCUUAAUGAGGGCCCUUACAGAUAUACAUGAUGUCAUUCGGGUCACAGCUCUAAUAACCUGUGCCACUGCAGUGUUGGAGCGACCCAGACUAGACAGUGACAGUCAGGAGUCAGGACUACAUGGCAUUGGAAAGGCCCCAGUUAUUCAGGAUGUGCCUGUGGAACUACAGCCUUUGCUUAGAAAGACUCUGAGGGAUGAGAAUGCCCAUGUGAGAAUGGCAGCUGCCGUGUGCCACUACACCAUAGGGAUGUGGAACGAUGAGGCACAAAUGAUCAUGAAGGAAGCUCUGGUACAUGGUAAUUCUGAAGACAGCUGGGCAGCAGCACAGUGCCUAGCAUUGGAGGGCAUUGCCACUUUCCCUGUAGUAAAAAAGAUCCUUUCCCAGAUGUUUGAUAAGAACGAUGGCACCACAGAGGAGCAAGCGUGUCUUCUAUUAACUCAGCUCAGCGAACGCUCGAGCCUGGUUUACUCCCUCCUGGCAGCCAAACUGAACAGCUGUCAGUGGAAAGAUCGGAUUUUGGCUUGCAGAGCGCUCUCUCGUAUCCGUGGGUAUGUAAGCCAGGACCUGAAGAACAAGCUUGCACAGCUGAUGUGGAACGACUGGAACUUGGAGGUGCGCCAGGCAGCUGCCCUGGCACUGGGGCAGAUGAAGCUUGGGAAAGAAGUCCACGACCAGCUCAGGGUGAAGCUGAACAGAGGUGAUUGCCGGAUGAAGGUGGAAGCUCUCUCGUUGAUUGGCUGGCUACGGCUUAUGACAGCGAAGUUGCUCCCGGGCUUCCUUCAGUGCUUCUCCAAUGACUUUGUUGCAGUCCGAAGAGAAGCUUGCCUUACAGCUGGCGCACUCAGGAUCAAAGAUGAAAUGGUGCUAACGUGCCUCUUUAAGAUGAUGCAGACUGACCCGCAUUGGAAAAUCAAGGCUUUUGCCAUCAGAGCACUGGGCCAAAUAGGCCAUGUGACCCCCCAGCUGAAACAUCAUCUUCUUUGGGCUGUUCAUCAUGAGGAGGAACCUGGAGUACGAAGAGAGGCCUGUCGUAGCAUCAUCACCCUCCAGCUGCAGGAUGAAAGUGUUCAGGCCAUCUUAUUGGAGAGGUUGAUUCUGGAGCCAAAUGAGAUGGUCAGAGAGGAAAUGAAUAAAGCUGUGAAGGUUCUAAAUUUUCAACAUACAGAGGAACAGGAAAUGAUUCAGAAGAUCAAGAAUGAGAUUUCCAGGCUAAGCCAAAAGGACUUGGUGACACAGAAACUGCUGAAACUCGAAGAGAUUAUAGGCCAUCUGUGGCAGGAAGCCAAUCGAAUCUAUCAUGCAAAGGAGCAUAGCGCUGCCCACAAGGAUAUACUGGAGAACCUCAUAGCUGUCCUUGGAUCCACCUUCUCUGGUCAAAGCUGUUCCACCAGGAUGGAUUCUCAGAUCUGGACCCCCGAUUCAAAUUUACCAUCAUUUGUGAAAAUCUCUUCAAGGCCCUGGACACAAGAAGCCAUCUUAUCAACACUGGGAAAUCACCACAGUGAUGUGUCAUCAUGUAUGAAUAAAUGGUCAAACCCUAUGGAAAGGGGGCACUCAUCAGGAUCACUUUGCAGGGAGAAGAAUCCAUCCGACCUCUUUGGCCCAUGA